AUGCAUCCUCUAGAAAAUUUCUUAAAAUUUUGUAUAUUUUUUUUACUUAUUAUUCCUAUUAUUGUCCAAACUAAUAAUAAAUGUGGCCUACUACUACCACUUGAAUGUAAUUGUAAUACAGUUAAAAAACAAAAUACAAUUUAUUGUAAAAAUAUUAAAAAUAUUAAGGAUGUUUUUAAUGAAUUUAAUAUUGAAGAAAAAAUUUCAAAAUUAUAUAUUGAUGGAUGUGAUGAGAUAAAAGAAGAUAAUAUAACAUUACCAAAGACAAGAGUAGAACUAAUAAAUAUUAUUAAUUGUCCUAUAAAAACUAUUUCUAAUAAUUUCUUUGAUAAUAUUGAUAAACAAUAUUUAAAAGAAUUCUCUUGUGUAAAUUGUCAAUUAUCUCUAAUACCCAAUUUUCCAUUAAUGAUAAAUUUAAGAAAUUUAAAUUUAAAUUCAAAUAAUAUUUCUAUAUCUCAAAAUGAAAAGUCUUAUUUUAAUCAAUUAUCUGGUUUAGAAAAAAUUGAUUUAUCAAAUAAUGUCAUAACAUCAAUACCAAAUAAUAUGUUUAAUGUUCCAAAAAAAAAUUUAAGAUAUUUAGAUUUAUCAAAAAAUAAACUAAAUCAAGUACCAUCACAAGAAAUUAGAAAUUCUUUAAAUUUAACAUAUUUGUCAUUGGCUAAUAAUAAUAUAUCAGAAGUUUAUCAAUUUCAAUUUAUGAAUCUUCCAUCUCUUAAAUCAUUAAUACUUCAUUCAAAUAAUCUCAAAAAAAUAUCAACAAUGGCUUUUAUGAAUGUUCCAAAUUUGCAAAUAUUAGAUAUUCAUAGUAAUAAAUUGAGUAGUAUUGAGACUACUCAUUUACAAACUUUUGACAAAUUGCAAUCAUUAAAUUUAUCUUCAAAUAAUUUUUUACAUUCUCCAACAUUUAAAGAAUUCCGCAAUUUAGAACAAAUUGAUUUAUCUCAUAAUUUUUUAACGGGACUGGAAACCUUGACCUUUACAGAAAAUCCCAAAUUGACUAUGUUAAAUUUCAAUUAUAAUAAUAUUAAUAAUAUUGAGAGAAAUAGUUUUAAUGAAUUAAAUGAAUUAAAAAUUUUGUUAUUAGCACAUAACAAUAUUUCAUUAAUUGAGAAAGGUAUGUUUACGGGAAUUAAAAAUUUACAAAAUUUAAUAUUACACAAUAAUUCAAUUAAUAUAAUUCAAAAAAAAUCAUUUGAUUCAUUGGAAAAAUUGACAAAAUUAGAUUUAUCAUAUAAUAAUAUAGAAGAAUUGGAUAUUGGUAUUUUUAAUAAGCAACAAAAUUUAUUUAUCCUUGAUUUAUCAAAUAAUAAAUUAUCACUUAUAAAAGAAGAUACAUUUAUUUAUCCUAUUUCUGGAAUUUUAUUACACAAUAAUUUAUUAAAUUGUGAAAAAAGUAAAAUAAAUUGGCUAUUAAAAUAUUUUAUAAUUAAUAGAGUACGAAUAUUUUUUCCUAAUCAACCUGAUAUUACAUGUAAUGAACCAAAUGAUAUGCAUGGAAUUAGAUUAAAAGAUUUAUUGAUGAAUAGUGCAAAUGAAACAUUUUCAAAGGAGAUGGAGGCAAAAGAAAAUGUUAAAAAUAGUUUAGAAAGUGAAUUAAGUAAAAUUCCUUUUUUAAGUAAAUUAUCACAGGCACUUGGACCUAAUUUUAAAUUAAAUCAAGGUCAACAAAUAUUUUCACAUUCAAUGUUACCUCAAAAUACAAAUAAUCCUAUUAAUCAAAAUGCAAUUAGUAAUUCUAAUAUUGAUAAAAAAUAUAGUAGAAAUGAGAUAUUAGCUGAGAAGGCAGAAGAAAUAUUAAAAACUAUUUCUAAUCCUAUUAUUAUUGUUCCUGGUCUUGGACCAAUUGAUAUUUCUAAAUUGGAUAAAAAUUUAAUUUUACAUGUACUUAAUGGUGGACAAAUUCCUGGAAUACCUAAAGAAUCACUAGAUGUAGUCCUUGAUCAACUUUCACAAUAUAUUUCUCCUGAUUCACAAAAUGUCAAUUCAAAUAAUCAAUUGUAUGAUACUAGAAAAUUAUCAACACAAAAGAUAGGUGAUGCCGAUAGAGUUAAGACAAUCAUAACAUCUGCAAGUGAUGAGAAAGCUUUAAAAAUGAAUUCAAAUAUGAUGCAGUUAAUGGGAUUAUUACCUCAAGGAUAUAAUAUCUCAAAAAUACCAGGAGAAGUUAUUGAGUCUUUCCUACAAGGAGAAGUUCCGGAUUUAAACUUGUUACCAUCAGAUUUGAAAGAAUACUUCAAAGAAAAUACUGAUCGUUUAAUAAAAGUUUUUGAUAAAAUGGAUGUUAAAAUAGAUGAAGUAAUUAAAAAAUUACCAAUAUUUGAAAGAAGUGAAAAUAUAAAUAGUGUAACAUUUUCACCAUAUGAUUUGAAUAAAAUUCAAUUUGAUUUAAUUGAAGAGAUUGAAAAACAUCAUUUACAAAAAAACAAUAGUAAUUUUAAACAAUUUGGAUUUAUAGCGUUAGGUGGUUUAAGUACUUUAACUGUAAUUGUAUUGGUAAUAAUUGUUAUCCGGAUGAAGAUAAGGCAUAAUGAGGAUAAUAGUGUUUUAGUAUUCGAUUCAAAACAACACAUUUCAUCUUCACCCAAUUCAAUAGAAAAUAGAGAAAUCAAUGAAGAUAUAAUGAAAAAUUUUAAUAGAGGAAUAAUAAGUGCAAGGGAUUUUGAAAAACAAUUAGGACAUUAUUAA